UGCAUCCGUCCGCAUGCCUGCCGCGAGCCCCGCCGGAAAGGCGUUGUGAGGUUCGGGUGGGAGUACAACCAAACACCAACCCAAGUACCCAACCCACCCAUCAACAAAUCACUCCGCCCCAUCUCUUUCCUUUCCCGCACUGACAAUCUGCCACACCGCGGCCAUGUCAACAUGGUGCUAGCAGUAGUGUAUGCAAUGGCAGACUGGUAGUGGCACCACCACUUCGACGCUCCCAUCCCCCGUAUCCGGACGGCGACGGGGACCGGGGGCAGUGCGUACUGCCUGCUGCUGCUGUUGCGCGCGCGGACCUAACGCGCCCUUUCCGGUGUAGUAAAGCAAAGCCUCGCCGGUCGGCAGCUGCCCUGCUAUCCUAAUCCGCUUGCUCUGCCAGCAAGUCAGCAAGAGGCAGCAGCGCCGGCCCCUGGCCGGCCUCGGCUCAGCUGGCGAAGGCCGUGACCGUGAGAAGCCAUGAGCAGGGAACAGCAGAUGCCACGGCGGAGGUUCAUCGCCAUCCCCUUCUCCUCCGGCUGCCGCUCCCACUCCAGCGUCGACGUCGUCGACACCGGGCGCCUCGCCGGCGACGGCAAGAAGCCCCACCCGCAAGGGGCUGAAGCAGGGGCGGCGGCGGCGGCGGCGAGGGGCAAGGGGGAGUCUCUGGUGGCGCGGCUCCUGCGGGGGUUCAAGAACCUGUCGCAGAUCUUCGCGGUGUACGACGAGGAGGAGGAGGAGGAGCGGGAGAUGGUGAUCGGCCUCCCUACGGACGUGAAGCACGUGGCCCACAUCGGCUGGGACGGCGCCACGAGCACCAGCAGCAACCUCCGUUCCUGGAACCGCCCCGCGCCGCCUCCACCGGCCUCGUCGUUCUCCGCGCCCCAGCAGCGUCCGCAGGAGCAGUACCCGCUGCCCCUGCCGGCGCUGUCCAUGCGGCAGCUCGAGCUCGCCAUGGGCGCCCAGGCCCAGGCCGCCGGCGGCGCAACGACUGCGGCCCACCGGCGUCACAGCUAGCGCCAGACAGAGCGAGAGGCGGUGGUGGUACACGCCUACGGGCCUUGGUGAUGGGCUGGGCUCGUCCGUCAGCCAGGCGUGAGCGUGACAGGCCGUCGUCCGUUUCUGCCGCCCCAUGGUCGGCUCCCAUCCCAUGUGGAGGGAAGAGAAGGGUGGGGGGAGCUGGUCGUCGGAGUUGGUGCGUGCUUCGUUUGCUUGUGCUUUGGCGCCAUAUCGCUGCGGAGCGCUGUACGUAGCCAUUUUUCGCCGGGGGGGGUCCUCACCCUCCUCGUUGGCUUGCUACGUGUUCCUUGCCGCCAUUACGAAACCUUAAUUGCUCGCUUUACA